AUGACUGUGUUUUCACUCGCUGUUACCAUUCUGAGGUCACUCGACUGGAGCUUUUCCUGCUCCAAGAUCAACUUUUUCUCCGGACUUCAGUUUUUAGGGCAAACUUUACGUGAGAUGGAAGAUUUUCGAGGUAUAGCCGAGGAGUCAUUUCCAAGCUUUUUAACCAAUUCAUUACUUGGUAAUAGUGGGAUUUUGGAAAAUGUCACUCUUUCUUCAAAUCUUGGCCUGCCUGUUGCUGUUUCCACACUUGCUAGAAAUAGAUCCAACUCUGAAAACAGGUAUUCUGAUGUCCAGACGUCUUACUUGGUGGAAGGGAAGUUUUCAGUUCCAUCGGAGACAUCGCCCAGUAGCCAGAGUGAAGAUGAGCCGAGAGAGAGGUUACGGCUUGUCUUCUCGGAUGAUGAUUCUGUUGCUAAGAAAAAGAACCAGACAGAAAGUCAAUGUUUGUCAGAUGCUGUCCUCAGAGAGUCUGCUUUUCCCAGUGAUGGAGCAGGAGCAGAAGGGGAGCAGGCCAGAGCUGCAGAGCCCUUCCUGGGCCAGAGUCCUUCUGACAGAGCCUCCCCUCUGGGGCAAGAGCAAGACUCACCUGUUGAUUUUUGUUCACAAUCCUGGAUGAGUAAAGAGAAUAAGAUUGGUGUUCCUGAUGCAGGAAAACAUUUUGAAGAGAGGAAUCCAAAUAGUGACUUAAGCCUUACUAGUUUCCUAGAAAACGAGAAACUGAUAUCACUUGCCAGCUUGGAAGAUUCUUCUGAUGAUGAUAUUGAUGAUGAAGAGUUUUAUGAUGAUCAUUUGGAGGCUUAUUUUGAGCAACUGGCGAUUCCAGGAAUGAUGUAUGAAGACCUAGAAGGACAGGAACCUCCAGAAAAUUAUUUUAAGUUACCUACAAGUGAUCCUAGUCAGGAAAGCAGAAGAGCAGAAGUUCUGGUGAAGACUCUUAGGACUCCUAGUGCCAAACUUAACCCCAUUGACUUUCAUGACACAAAUGCCAAUAAAGAUGAUUUUGAUUUGAUGGAUUCUCUAAAGAUGGAGGAAGGGUCUCCUCAUCAAAAUAAGCAUUUGGCGUCAGACUCAGAAACUAUUUUGCCUGUGGAUAGAUUUUUAGACACUGAGAUGCCUCAAGUGUCCAUUCAAACAAAUGUGGAUGUAGCAUCUUUGAAGCCUGUUAGUGACAAUGCAUUUAAUUCCACUGAUGCUCCGUGGUCACCCACCAGUGAAAGGCAAACCUGCGAAGGUUAUGAGUUGGUUGGAAAGACCAAGGACCAAGCGAACCCACCACAGAGUGUGGUCUAUCAGGAUGAGGAGGGCAGAUGGGUCACUGAUCUCGCCUAUUAUACACCUUUUGAUAAAGAACAAGAUUUCAAUGUGUCACUCAGUAAUGAACUGAGCGAAGACUUCCGAUCUGGCUCUGAUGCAUUGGAUUUGAUUGCACAAGAUGAAGAAGAAUUUAAUAAAGAGCAUCAGUUUAUGCAGGAAGAAAAUAUAGAUGCCCAGAACAUGUCUGUUGCCCUUGGAGAUACAUCAUGGGGAACUUCGGUCAACUAUGGUCUGCUGAGGAGAUCACUGAGUGCAUCAGAUGUGGACAGAGAUGAUGCCAGUUACUUACGUCUGUCUUUAGGGGAGUUCUUUGCUCAAAGGUCUGAAGCUCUUGGUUGCCUUGGUGGUGGUUACAAUGUGAAAAGACCAUCGUUUGGUUAUUUUAUUAGAUCACCAGAGAAAAGAGAACCUGUUGCCCUAAUAAGAAAAUCAGACCUAUCAAGAAGUAAUUUGGGAAAAGAAGUGGCUGAUCUUAACCAUGGUUUUUUUUCAGGAGAUUUAAAGGCACAGCUAAGUGAAGGAUCAGUUACACUUCAGGCUGAAGAACUGGAGAAUAUUUCACAAGUGGAUGAAAAUGAUGUGACAUUAACUGCCAAUAAAGGAAAAGCAGAGGACACUUUCCUUGUCAGCAGCAAACCUCAGAGACAUACAGACGAGCUGCCCAGUGAGAGUGACUCUGUGCUGAGGAUAAGCACCAUUGCUUCUGCCAUUGCGGAAGCAUCAGUGAGCGCUGACCCUCUCCAGCUUGCCACCAUGAUCAAAGCACUUUCAAAUAAAACCCGAGAGAAGACUUGUCAGGAGGAUGGUAAACAAAGACACCAUUCUGCUGUGUCUCAUUUCUUACCUAAUGAUCUGGAAAAAAGUAAUGGAUCCAGCACAUUUGAUAUGGAGAGAUACCUUAAGAAAACAGAAAUUAGUCAGUAUGAAGGUGGGCUGGACAACUUUUCAAGAGCUGGUGUGUCUGGUAUUUGGGAUUUAUCUUUGUCCAAAGAACGGACUACACACGACAUCCAUGUGUUGGACCUGGGUGCUACUAGCAUAAGCAUAAGGGAGCCAGAGAUAGGCACUGCAGCCGGUUGUUAUGGUGAAAGUGGAGACAGCGUGGAUGAGGCAUCGUUGAGAACAAUUAGCUCUUCAAAUUCAGUUCUUACAAAUGUGGGUGAGAGGGCGGGUACAGCGGUUGAUGUGAAGACACACUCCAUUGACCAUAAAUCCCCAGAUUCUGGUGAUGGCGAAAAAGCUGCCUCCACACCCAUUCCAGCCUCUGAUAGUUGCUCCGUCGUUGGGAACCCCAGAGUAGCAUCUCUCUGGCUGUCAGAAGAGUGUAAAGGCCUACAGGAGAGUAGAGACUACCAGAGGCAAAAUGAGUGCAUUAGUGAGACAAGUAACAGUGAAAAGCACGUGGCUUUUGAAAACCAUUCCAUAAGCUCAACUAAAAGUGUUGAUUUGAAAAGUCCCUCUCCUGAGCGAGGUGGACACGGCUCGGAGAAUGGCGAGGACAGCUUCCGACCUUCCACUUCUCCACUGAGUCAUUCUUCUCCUAGUGAAAUUUCAGGAACUAGUUUAUCAGGGUGUGCCCUGGAGUCAUUUGGUUCAGCAGCUCAUCCACAGAAGCGCCCCUGUGAGAGGGAGUUGUCCCAGCUGACAUGUCCAGAGGCCAGUGUCAGCAGGCUGACGUAUGUGUCCCAGCAGGAGAGCAUCAGUCCCUCCAUGGCCUCACGUCGUGGCCUUGAUGACCGCGAGAGUGAUAUCACCAGUGAGUUGAGCACCACAAUUAUCCAAGCCAGUCCAGUUCCAGCUCAGGAGCCGGCUGCAGAGAAGUUGGGAGAAAAAAGCCCAUUUCAAAGUAGAGGAAAAGGAGCAUUAUCAUAUAUUAUCCAGAAGAACUUGGACACAGAAAAAGUGACUGAAACGAAUUCCCUGAGCAGUAGACCUGAAGAUGUAAAACUGGACUUUAGCUCCAGUAGACUGCCUUCCUCCAAGAGUGAAGAUCAGUCACAGACCAGUGUAACGGGUUUGACCUCAGACCGAGGUGACCUGGAGCAGGUUAGCCUGGUUCUGCCGAGUGAAUCCAGCCUCCACCCUGCCACACUGGCCACACCGUGCCUCCCCAUGGCCUGCCAGGCACCUGUGCUCGACGGUGGGCGCGUGACUCCUAGAGACACAUCAGCUACUGACAGCGAAUUCAGUGGCCAGGGUCCUUACCAGACAUCUGUCCCCAGCACCGAGGGCUGCGGCCCUGCACCCAUGAGGCAGCACAUGCCCCCCACAGGUCCUGCAGUCUCAGUGCGCUAUCCCCUCCCCGUGGCUCCUUGUGCCCAGCUGCACUCUGGAGCACUGCCUGCAGCCAGCAGUGCCACCCUGCCUCGCUGCCGGGCCUGUGGCGCCACCGCCUGCGGGCUCUCCUGUGGGCUCCCGGGAAGCUGUCACCCUGCUGUUGUGAGAGAGCAUGUCCAGCGCUCGGUGACUGCAGGCCUCUGCCUGGGACAGGAUAUUGGCUCAGGGCUGAUGGCCUCCGCUUCCUUUUGUAACCUGUACUCUGACACCUUCAGUCAGAACCUUCUGAAUGCGGCCAAAGUGCUUCCUGUGCAGUCUCUCCAUCCAGACUGUGGAAUUGAGCCAUGGGAUUCAGCAGUGGUGUCAGGACUUGGGAGAGUAAGUGUGCCUGAGGAAUUGAAGUUUCCUCAUGCUUGCUGUGUUGGCAUUGCUUCACAAACUUACCUCAGUGUCCUGAACCCUGCUGACUGCUGGCUGCAGGUCAGCAUCGGGGUUCUCAGUGUCAGUGUUGACGGUGAAAAGGUGGAUUUUUCAGCUUAUCCUUGUUUAGUUUUCAAGAAUAGAGUCAUCAUAAGACCUCAUGCCACAGAAGAGAUUAAAGUGCUCUUCAUACCAUCUGAUCCUGGGAUCUUCCGAUGUAUAUUCAGUGUUGCUUCCUGGCCAUUCUCAGCCGACGCAGAGACCGUGGCACAGGCGGAAGCCCUGGCCAGCAGGGUUGUCCUCACUGCCAUUGCUGAGACUCCCAUGAUCGAGGUAGAAACAGAAAAGAAAGGUGUUCUUGAUUUUGGCGACUUGACUUACGGAAGCUGGAAAGCUCUGCCUCUAAAACUGGUGAACAAGACACAUGCCAACAUCCCCAUCAGACUGAUUAUCAGUGCUAAUGCUGUGGCCUGGCGCUGCUUCACCUUUUCCAAGGAGCCCAUCCACGCAGCUCUGAGAGCAUUGCCUUAUGCCCAUGCAAUCGCGCAGCUGGCCGCCCCUUCGGUGAUCAACCACAUGAUGCCUGCCAGUGACGAUGGACAGGAUCCAGAAUUUCUGGUAAUUUGGGUUCUUUUCCAUAGUCCAAAGAAACAGAUCACUUCUUCAGAGAUUCUAGACUCAGCAGAAGAGUUUUUGGCAAGAGUCGAUAUAGAAGUUGAUAGUCCAAACCCCACACCAGUCAUUAAAAGCAUCAGUCUUCGAGCAAGAACAGGAAUUGCCCGCAUCCAUGCCCCAAAAGACCUCCAGACUCUGCACUUGUUUGCCAGUGUGGCUUCCUCAGCAAGGCAGUGCUUACCUCUGAAAAAUGCUGGGAAUAUUGAUGUCCACCUGGAUAUCAAGAUCCCAGAUCAAGGAAGUCACUUUUCAGUGGAUCCAGAGAAACUAUUCCUUAAACCUGGAGAAGAGCAUGAAGUUAUAGUUUCAUUUUCUCCAAAGGAUCCCAUGGGCUGUGAGGAAAGGAUCUUGAAAAUAUUCGUGCAGCCAUUUGGCCCUCAGUAUGAAGUGAUGUUAAAAGGUGAAGUAGUUUCUUCAGGAAAUAGGCCUCUGGCACCUGAAUCUCUCACCUCAGAUGUUCCUUCAAUUUUAUCCAACAAGCAGUUUCUGGCCUGGGGAGGUGUCCCCCUCGGUAGAACACAGCUUCAGAAACUAGCUUUAAGAAACAAUUCUGCAUCUACAGCCCAGCAUUUACGCCUGCUUGUCAGAGGACAAGACCAGGACUGCUUUCAGCUGCAGCACACUUUUGGCUCAGAAGAGCGAUUGACCAAUAACUGUGAGGUCAGGAUUCGUCCAAAAGAAGACAUUUAUAUCUCUGUGUUGUUUGCACCUACUCGCCUGUCUUGUAUGUUGGCCAAACUUGAAAUUAAACAACUUGGAGUUCGAUCACAACCAGGUGUUAAGUUCACGAUACCUUUGUCUGGAUAUGGAGGCACAAGUAACCUCAUUUUGGAAGAUGUUAAAAAAUUAUCUGACAGUUACAUGGUAACAGUGAAUGACUUAGUGCCUGGCCAGGAAAGUAGAGUUGUUAUUUCUGUCCGUAACACUGGCUCUCGAGCAGCUUUUGUUAAAGCUGUAGGUUUUAAGGAUUCUCAGAAAAAAGUUUUGCUGGAUCCUAAAGUAUUAAGGAUUUUUCCAGACAAAUUUGUGCUGAAGGAAAGAACACAGGAAGAUGUUACUAUAAUAUAUAAUCCAUCAGACAGAGAAAGCAGUUGUAAAACCACCACAGAACUGUCAACUAUAUACUUUUUUGGUGGAGAUGAAAUUUCACGUCAGCAGUAUCGAAGAGCUAUGCUGCACAUGCCGGAGGUGAGAGAGCAGGUCCUGCCCAGUCAGAGCGUGCUGCACAGCAUCGACUUUGCAGAAGCAUUUCAGGACGAGCUGCUUGUAACUGAAGUAUAUGACCUUCCCCAGCGGCCCAAUGAUGUCCAGCUCUUUUAUGGAAACAUGCGUAAAAUUAUACUUUCAGUAAUUGGAGAAUUUAGAGAUUCCGCUUCCAGCAGAGAAUUUCUUCCACCUUCUGCCAAACCUAGCUUGGAAUUCAAAAGUGAACCUGGCAGUUAUGAGGCACAUGGUGGUAACAUUUCUUUGGAUGUUUUGCCAGUGAAGGGUCCUCAGGGUUCUCCCCUUCUUUCACAAGCUGUUCACCCACCUCAGGAUAACUUGGCCUCAGAGGAAGUGUGGGCUGUCCACCCUGAGCACCUGAUCUUGGUUGCUCCUUCAUGUGAUAGAGCAAAAACUGGACGUUUCCAGAUUUUAAAUAACUCUAUUAGGUUGCUGAAAUUUGAGCUGUACUGGCCAGCACACUGCCUUACAGUGACUCCACAACAUGGGUUUAUCGCACCAGAGAGUAAGAUGCAAAUUCUUGUGAGUCCCAAUUCCUCCUUAUCCACAAAACAGUCAAUGUUCCCGUGGAGCGGCUUGAUCUAUAUACACUGUGACAAUGGACAGAAGAAAAUUGUGAAGGUUCAAAUCCGAGAAGACUUGACCCAAGAAGAACUUUUCACUCAUUUGACCUCCAGCCCACUUGGAAUCCUUUCCCAAGAAACCGAGCGUGCAGUUAAUCUGGUAAAACCAGCAACAAAACCACCUUCCACAAAAGUUGAGCUAAGAAACAAGACAGUUACUUUUCCUCCAACAGAACCUGGUGAGACCUCAGGAAAUUAUCUGGAACUUGAGAAUCAUGGUGACACGGAUGUGAGGUGGCACCUGUCAUCUUUAGCCCCACCUUAUGUCAAGGGAGUUGAUGAGAGUGGAGAUGUUUUUAGAGCUACCUAUGCAGCAUUCAGAUGUUCUCCUAUUUCUGGUGUACUGGAAGGCCAUAGUGUCCAAAAGGUCUCCAUCAUGUUUUUGCCCAGAGAUAGAGGAGACUAUGCCCAGUUUUGGGAUGUUGAGUGUCACCCUCUUAAAGAGCCUCACCUGAAGCACACCUUAAGAUUCCAGCUCUCUGGACAUAGUGUCAGAGCAGAAAGUGAGCCUGGAAUUUCACGCAUUUCCACAAAUAGCCUCAUUAAAAUAGAUAAUAUACUUAAGCUCCGAAAACAGGCUGUAUCUGAGGCUUCUGCCCUCAUACCUGGCAGGCAACUUGACUUGACCCACCGUGGAGUUUAUGCCCCAGAAGACGUGUAUCAAUUUCUGCCAACGAGAGUUGGGGAGUCAAGGACGUUGAAAGUCAAUUUGCGAAAUAAUUCUUUUAUUACACACUCGCUCAAGUUUUUAAGUCCCAGAGAGCCUUUCUACGUCAAACAUUCAAAAUAUUCUUUGAGAGCCCAGCACUACAUCAACAUGCCCGUGCAGUUCAAGCCCAAGUUUGUGGGCAAGUUUGAAGCUUUGCUCGUUGUUCAAACAGAUGAAGGCAAGAGUGUCGCCGUCCGACUCAUUGGGGAAGCUCUUGGAAACAUCAGCUAGAAUCCAGUGUGUGUAAAGUAAAUGACCUAAGUUACAUUUUGGUAAUUUCAUUUUUUCUACACUACAGUUAUGCAUUUGUAUAUAUUUUGUAUGAUAAAUUGGAUGUCUGUAACUGUAGAUUUGUUGCUUUGAGAAGCUAAUACCUGACUAAAAUAAUCAUGUACCUAGCCUACAGUCUUGUAUUUAACUUUUACAGGGGAGAAGAGAGUUCUAUUUUUAC